AUGAAACUCCUCGUAACAUCACUCUGGUUCUUCUCGUGCGAGCUUCUCUACGUUGAAGCAGAAGUGGACGAAAGUGGCUAUUUCCGUGGGCUCGGUCCUGUGAACGGCGAUCCUAACGACAAAUUCUAUUACAUGCAGAAGGCUUAUCUUGAGGCCAUCUCUAUACCGGAGGCUUGGAGUAUCCUGGAUCCCAUUGCCAAGAGAAGGCCUGUGACCAUCGCAGUUAUUGACGACGGAAUCGAGGCCACUCACCCUGACUUGGAGGGUACCGUCAUCAAGGGCUACAACGUCAUUGAUAAGAAUUAUGAUACCAGUCCUCGAGGACAUCAUGGAACCAGCAUGGCUGGCAUCAUUGGUGCUAUCAGAAAUAACAUGAUCGGUUUGGCGGGCAUUCUGGACAGUGUGCGCAUACUGCCCAUAUUCGACGGUGAAGCUCCGAGUUUUCCCGCAAUGGUGGAUGCUUUCACCUACCUGAUCAAUAAGAGGAAAGAUGAUGUGAAAGUUAUUCUCAUGACGGAAGGUUCCGAUUCAGAGAGUUCCCAAGCCCUUACCGACAAGAUUCAGGAAGCAAAUGCAGCUGGCAUGCUCGUUGUCGUCACGGCAGGGAAUAAGCACCGCGAUUUGGACAUAAAUCCAGACUUCCCUUGUUCCUUCGGCCGUUCACCCGCUGAUGGAGUGUUAUGUGUGGCUGCAACGUAUGGUCCCAACAUGCAGCUUACGGAUGGAAGCAAUUUCGGUUCAGCUGUUGACAUUGCCGCUCCAGGUAACGGAAUAGUUACAACUGAUCUCAAAGGGGAGUAUGCCACAGGUAGGGGCACUUCGCAUGCCGCCGCUAUUGUAGCAGGUAUAGCUGGGAUGCUCUACAGCCUUGAACCUUCUCUGAAGGCUAAGCUGACCCCUGCUUACAUCAAAAGUAUCAUCAAGGAUACGGCCACCCAAGGUGUCAAGGACAGUAAAGGGGUAGAGACCCUUACCUUCGGCCGCGUGAAUGCUGCGGCGGCUGUCAAGAGAUACUUGGGAGAAAAAGGUUUAAUUUUCGCCCUGACUCGUCUCAUGAUGAUGGAGUCAUGA